UGGGCCUCGAAGCACCAUAUCAAUUACUAUUCAAGAAUUAGACGGUGUGCUGCUGGUACUACUCCACAAUGGCCAGUGACAAAGUCGCCCUUCUAUUAUUCUCCGGCGCGUAGCUCACUGCGCCCGAUUCAGCAGGUGUCGCUCAGUCUUUGCCGCCCGCGACACGCGUCGAGUCGCUGAAAAUUGCUUGCGGAGCGCCGGAUUUGGACUUCACUAGCCAUCUGGGAUCUUCCUGUGUGAGAUGCCUUGGGCGGGCUCUGGGAGAUUAAGCUUGAGGCGGACUAUGGACAGUCGCACUGUUUACCAUUGCUAUGAUGUGAUCUCGGAGCUGAAACUUUUUUCAUAAUGCUAACCUCAGCUUCUCACCAGGCACCUCCUGUCUCGACCUCAAUCCCCUCUUCAGGUCGUAAAGUUGUUUCUCCCAAGCACCACUUCUUACCCCCCUUCCCAUCACUGGUGUCCCUAUGAGACUACUGGAAUCAUGGCGACAGCAACGCCAACUGUGGCCUCUGCCUUUGAAAGUGCGUACCAUAGGACGCAGUGAGUCUCCAACCUCAGCAGCAGAACCUUUGAUAGACAAGCAAGAAGAGGAGGAGCUACGGCGGUGGAAUCCAAGGUCUCGAAAGCCGCUGCCGAACAUACAAGCUGCCUUGGUUCAUACCUUGAUCUUCUUAUCGUACAGUACCAUCCUUCUCUUCUUGGGGACAAUUUACACAUUUGGACCAAAUGAGCGACGAUGUGCCGAAGCACUGUCCACCUGGUCCCCGGCCAUUUCCGCCGUCGAGUAUGAGCUGGAUACCUUCAAAGCUGCUUUCAAUGCCUCAACCAUAUAUCGGAGUGCCCCCUCUCCUGAGGUGGAUGCCGCUUGGGAUGCCAUUACGAAUCAACCCGGAAUCACUCUCUCGAGAGACGAGUUGGUUAACGAGCUAGGAAAGGAUCCAGUCUACGCUGUUCAUCUUCAGCAAGGAGGCGAAGAACUCUACACUGGCUUCUUAGAAGUCUUUCACCAACUCCACUGCGUGGAUAUGCUCCGGCGUUACACACACUGGGAUUAUUACGCCAGCACUUAUCCCUCCUUUCUAGACUCGGCAGACACGCUGCGGAGCCACCUAGAUCAUUGCAUCGACGUGCUACGCAUAAAUCUCAUGUGCACCAGCGAUGUCAGCGUCAUGACUCACCACUGGAUUGCAGAAAAAAAGUGGCCAGACCCGGACUUCGAGACGAGGCACAAAUGUCGGAAAUUUGACGCGAUAGUUGAUUGGGUCAACGAGACGCCGCGCAAGAUGUACACAAUGCCUACGAAGCCGCCCGACGCCGUGCUUUUCCAGCCGCUAUUGAAGCAUGGACAUUAGAUAGCCAAUUCUGCAGACGUUUCUGUUAACUACCUUAUAAUAGAUAUAUCGAGCAUUGGAGAAGUCCAACAAGGAAACUCCCGUGAAAGCACGGUCACUCUACCAGGGCUUGUCACCUGCCUAGACAACACGUUCGUUUGAAAUUUUCACGAACUGUGUAGCAAUCCAAUAGAUACCAG